AUGGCGAGUUCCAGCCAUCGUCUCUUCCAUUGUUGCUUUCAGGAUUGGAUCAACCAGCAACACCAAGACCUCCAAGAGCUCCUCCAGGUGCUUGACACCGACAGCCCCGACUCCGACCACCUCCGCCACCUCAUCCAGAAGUCUCUCCAGCAUUUCCAGGACUACAGCGCCACCCGGGCCGAGCUCUCCAAGCUCGACGCCCCUUCUUUCUUCUGCCCCUCCUGGAUCACCUCCUUCGAGAACUCCUUCCUCUGGCUGGGCGGUUGCCGCCCCUCCCUCGCCAUCCGCCUCCUCUACUCCAUCUCCGGCUCCGAGCUCCAGGCCCAGCUCCCCGACUUCCUCAAGGGCUGCACCAGAGGCAACCUCGCGGACAUCUCCGCCACCCAGCUCAUCUCCAUCAAUGCCCUCCACGGCUGGAUCGUGAGGGAGGAGGACCGGCUGUCGAGCAGGAUGGCGAGCAUGCAGGAGGACACCGCCGACGAGCCACUAGCGAUAAUCGCCAAGAAGCUGAGGACGGUCGGCGAGUACAGCCGGACUGUGAACAGCGCUAUCGAGACUCACUCUCAGGCGCUGGCCAGAGUGUUGGAGGAAGCCGAUAAGCUGCGGCUGAGCACCUUCAAGGGGUUGCAGGAGAUUCUCACUCCAUUACAGGGUGCUCACUUCCUGGUGGCUUCUAAGAAACUGCAUCUCUCCAUGCAUGAAUGGGGUAAGCAAAGGGCUGAGCAAGUGGGCGACACGUAAAUACAACCAAGUAUUUGCCCUUACUCUUCCCCUCGGAGCUAAAAAUUUUGGGAUUAAGAUCUUAUCAUAUGAUAAUAAUCAUAUCAUCAUAUGAUAUGAUAGCGAAAUCAGCAAAAGAGGAGAAAAGAAACUUAUCUAUCAUUCGAUAUCAUAUCGAGAUUGGGGAAGGGAAGAGAAAAUAUAGUGGUAGAAAGGUAUGUGGAGGCUAUGCAUGUGAGCAAUGGUCUUUUGUGGAACUCUAUAUGUAACAAUUAGUAAGAUGAGUGUGUUUACAGUUUGUUUUCUCUUGUAUGUUUUUUCGGCUUGAUUAAGAAGUUAUUUAUAAGAUGCUAUUUUUGUGUAAA